AUGGCACUUUUCGACAUCAUGACAAUUGUGGCUUUGGCAUACAUCAUCAUCAACAAUCAUAGCCACUACUAUUCUGCCAUCAUUAUCAUCAAUGUAAAGGAAAUUGUAAUUGUACAAAAGAAGAACGACGUCAUCGUCGUCAUGGUGAACAUGUAUGGAUUCAUGGAUUUUGGACUCAUUUUAGGCGCCAUUUUUUCAAUCGAAUCUACGUUAAAAUUCCAAUUGGAACAACCUAUAGGAAAACAACUGUCACAAUCAUUAACAUCAUUAUCGAAAACAUCCGAUAAAACAUUGGCAACAUUGGUUUCAACAAGCGUCAAACAUCGUCAUGAUCAUCAUGAAAAAAGUAUUAAAUGCCAAAAGAACAAGAAGCAAUCGUUGAUUGCAAUCAAUGUUCAACAACCACAGCAACGAAAACGUUUCUGUUCAUCAUCUUUAUCGAAAACUUCAUCAUCAUUUGAUGAAAUUAAACAACCAUCAAUUAACAAUAUCGAUAACAUUCAAUACGAACAAAAACAAGAACAAUCAGAAUCAUUCAUCAUUAACAAAAAACAGGCAAACGUGGAUAGUUGCUAUUUUUCUGGAAGUGAUUCUUCAUUAUCAUCGACAUCUAGUAUCGAAGAUAUUAAUCAAUCAUCUAUGAAAAUGUCACCAUCAUUGCCUUUGCCAUUUGUAUAUGGUGAAUUGACAAGACGUUGGCAUGAUGCUUGGUUAUUAGAUAACACAAACGACAGAGGAAAUAUUAAUAGGAAGGAAAUAAACACGGCCACUGUCAAAUAUGAUGAUGAUGAUGAUGAUGAUGAUGAUGAUUGUGAUAUUAAUGUUAAUCAUCAUCAUUUUAUGACGAAACAAAACUCAAUUGCUUUUGACAAACAAAAAUAUGUACAAUCCAAAUCAAACAAUUAUAAUAACAAUGAUGGCAAUAAUUGUAAUAAUAAUAAUCAUAAUAAUAAUCCUGUUACAUAUCAACGACGUUUGAUUAGAGAUAUUCAAUCAAAAUUUCAUUUUAUUGAUCUUUAUCCAACUGAAUCACAAAUUUAUGAAAUGAUACAAUUUGCAUCGAAAUGUUCUCGACGUAAAACAUUGCAUACAAUUUCUGAAGCGGCCACAACAGAAGCAAUUAAUGUCAAACAAUCGAAUAAUAAUAAUAAACCAGCUGAAACUGGAUUAACAUUUGGAGAGUUUUGUUUUUUUGCCAGUGUUUUAACAACAAAUGCUCGUGCAUCACAUAAUUCACGUCAAUUCAUGUCGAAUCAUGUGUCGCCAAUUCGUAUGGAACAUUUUCAACAACAAACAUCCAAUCAUGGUUUUUCAGCUGCUGUAGCUCAUUAUAAUAAUCGUAAUAGCAAUCAAACACCGGGUCAUUAUAGUUAUCCUCAUCUACGUGGUGGCUAUCCUAGCCAUCAUCGAACUAGUCUAGUCGACGGUCAUGUUAAUUCUAAUCCAAACAAAUUUGAUAUUUUUCUUGGCGGCUCCUGUAACCCAACACGUUGGCGUUUAGAUCUGGUGAUGCCCGAGUUGAAAAAGAAAUGUCUCACCUAUUAUAAUCCACAAGUCGAUCAUUGGGGACCAGAACUUAUUGAAAUGGAAAGCUAUGCCAAACAAAAUUCUGAUGUAUUAUUUUUUGUUGUCGAUAAUCAAACACGUGCCAUUGCAUCGAUGAUUGAAGUUGCAUUUAUUGCUGCAUCAUCGAGAAAAUUGAUUCUGGUCAUUAUUGAUCUCGAACCAUGGUCUGAACAAACAACCAUUGGUGAUGAUCAUAUUUGUAAAGAAGAAUAUGAAUAUUUACGUCGUGGUCGUCAAUAUCUUCGUGAUAUUGUAGAACGUGAAGAAAUCCCUAUAUUCUGUGAUAUUUCUAAAGCUCUUCGUUCGGCUAUUCAAAUUCUUGAUGAAAAUGUUUGGCCACAAGAUUUAGCUCAUAGUGAUGAUGUCAUACCAGUGAAAAAUGGACGAAUUUCAUUGGGUGAAAAAAUUAUUCAAGUUAAUCAUGUAUAUAAUCAAUCGAGAAAUUCUAAAGAAGAAGUCACGAUGAAAGAAUUGAGUUUUGCUUAUCUUAGUUGGACACGACGAGUUAUAACAUCGGAUUUGUUGAGACAAAUCGCUAGAUGGCAUUUAGCUCAAAAAUCAUCAGAUGGAAAAACUGUUGAUAUACUUCCACCUUUUGAUCAGAUUCCAUUAGAUUUUAAUGAUUUCUGUAUUAUUGUAUCCGAACUUGAAAUGCAAUGGAAUCGGAUGCAAAAUAUUUCUGAUGAAAAUGAAAUCAAUCAAAAUAUAGAUUGUGAUGUUGAACGAAUUUCGGAAGGAUCUGAAAAUUCUGAAACAACUGGAAGAGAUAGUUUUACAAGUACAACAACAAUUGAAACGGAUUCGGAUAGCUGCCGAACAUUGAAUUCGAAGAAAAAAACCAAAUCAAAGAAAAAAUCUUCUAGCAGCCAUAAACGAUCAUCUUCUAAUGAAACUACCAAUACAGUCAUUAAUCAAGUUGUAGAGAAAAUUUCCACUCUAUUCAAAUCAUGGGGAAUAGAUCCUGGCAUUAAUAACAAUAAUGAACCAAAUGUUAAUUCUGAAAACACAAAGAAAGAAAAAAAUAGAAAACAUCGUAAUUCUUCAAAAACAAAAAAAUCAAAUUCUUUGAAUAGAAAAGUAUUUACUAGCGAAACGGAUGUAAUUGAAAAAUCUUAUGCACCAAUGUUUAAUUCUCCAUCAACGGCAAUGAUCAAUCCAUCCUAUAUGCCGCCAGAAGAAUAUAUGAUGAGAUCUAGUCAAUCAUUGAAUCAAUUGAAUUUGGAUAUCGAUUAUCGUAAUCAACAACAACAUCAACAUCGUCAUCAUCGACAAUCAUAUCAUUUGAAUCCACCACAUCAACAUCAUCUAAAUCAUUACCAUCAUUAUCCUCCUCGUCAUCGUAAUUCUGUAUCACCAUUUCGUAAAUCAUCAUCACCUCGUCUUGCCUAUAUGGACCAAUCCAAUAUGAACUAUGAAGAUCCUCAUGUGAAUUAUCGUCGUCGUUCCUAUAAUCAACAUCGAUCAUCGACAGCAUUUUUACCGCCACUACAUUCAUCACAUCGUCAGCAAACAUCACAUAUGAUUUCGUCAUCAUCACAAACAUCAAUUAAUUCCAUGAACGAGAAUGGCUAUGAUCUUUAUCUUGGUGGUUAUUUGGAUUCAACAUUGUUACAGGAUAAGAUUAUACCAUCGCUCAAAAAGAAUUCGAUCACGUUCAGUUUGCCAAAGUUUGAUAAACUAGCCAAAUAUGAACGUAUGACACCAUUAGAAGCGAUAAAUAUUGAAAAAUGUCGUCUACUUUUUUUCGUUAUACCGGAGGAUUCAUUAGAUAUUUCAUCAAUGAUUGUGGCCGCCCAUUAUGUUGGAUUGGGCUUUCAAGUGGUACUCUGUAUUCAAUAUAUCGAUCCGGUUAAAUCAAAAUUAGCUUCAAAGUUGAGUCCAAUGGCAGUCAAAGAUUAUAAUCGUGGUCGAUCAUAUCUUUCGGAUAUGGCAACCAAAUCUCAUGUACCGGUUUUCGAUGAUAUCGAUGAAGCAAUUCAAUGCUGUAUUGAUUGUUGUCUCCGUGAACGAUGAUAUAUUUCAUUGCCAAAUAUUAUUAUAUGAAAAUUCGAAAUUCUAGUCGUUUUUUUCUGGAAAAAAAAACACGCACACAGAUAUAUACACCAUCAAUCUACCUGUAACUUAUUCUUUUAGCUGUCGCUAUUCGAUUUUUUUUCAUCUAUGAUUUUUCAUUCACAUUCUUACGCAACGACAGCAUAUUUAUUCGAUUGAAGAAUUGUGUUUUAUUAUAUUUUGUUAUUAUUUUUUUUCGCUACUAUGCUAUCUAUCAAUGAUUAAAAAUUGUCCAUUUUU